AUGGACCCAAAAUCGGCUGAAAUUGCCCCAAACCCAAAAUCGCUCAAAAUUCCCCCAAAUCCACUCGAGUUUUGCCCAAAAUCGGCUGAAAACGCCUCGAAAUUGGCGGAAAUCGGCUCCAAAUUGGCGGAAAUUGCCCCAAACCCGCCGGAAUUUCACCUGAAAUCGGCAGAAAAUUCCUCAAAAUAUCAGGAAAUCGCCCCAAAAUAUCAAGAAGUCGCCCCAAAAUCGGCAGAAUUUGCCCCAAAAUAUCAGGAAAUUGCCCCAAAAUCGGCAGAAUUUGCCCCAAAAUAUCAGGAAAUCACCCCAAAAUCGGCAGAAUUUGCCCCAAAAUCGCUGGAAAUCGGCUCCAAGUGGGCGGAAAUCUCCCCAAAAUUGCCCCAAAACUCCCCGAAAAUUCACGAAACCGCCCCAAAAUCGGCAGAAUUUGCCCCAAAAUCGCUGGAAAUCGGCUCCAAGUGGGCGGAAAUCUCCCCGAAAAUUCACGAAAGCGCCCCAAAAUCGGCAGAAUUUGCCCCAAAAUCGGCAGAAUUUGCCCGAAAAUCGCUGGAAAUUGGCUCCAAGUGGGCGGAAAUCUCUCCGAAAUUGCCCCAAAACUCCCCGAAAAUUCACGAAACCGCCCCAAAAUCGGCAGAAUUUGCCCCAAAAUCUCCCGGACUCUCCCCGGAAUCGCCGAAAUCUCCGGAGAAUUCCCCGAAAUCGCCCGAAAUCUCCCCAAAAUCCCCCGAAAUCUCCCCAAAAUCCCCCGAAAUCUCCCCAAAAUCCCCCGAAAUCUCCCAGAAAUCUCCCGAAAUCUCCCCGAAAUCCCCCGAAAUGGACGACCCCGACCCCCCCUCGGACUCGGAGAGCGCCGAGCUGCGGGGCCCAG